ACGGGAAACUUUGUCUUUCGUGUGACCGCUGCAGGAGAUGGAGAAUACCAUCCACCUGAUGAAGCAUGACAUCGACCAGGCGAUGCAGAUGAACCUCAGCAACGAUCUUACAAAGCAGCAGCACCACCACCACCUCCGCCAUGGGCACGUGCACAGCGAGGAUGACGAGUACCCUGGCUGGGAUUCUUCCGGAUCGGACGAAGGAGGCACAAAGGGUGCACGCGAUUCCGAAAACCUGGCCGGCGCUCGUCUGCAAGAGGAACCGUGCAAGUGGCGGUAUUUGAUCCCCGACUCGGAGUCGGUCUGCACCAGCGACGGCUGCUACAUCCAAGUCGGCCACAGCCACGCCGCCUUCUCGCUGCCCAAAGGCACCUGCGGCGAUUUCCACGGCCUCCUGCCGCAGGACCUCAGCUCUGGCUUGCUGGACUCUGACCUCAGGGAAAGCCAGCUGAACGUCAUCCCGUCGCAGUCGAGCCACGGCGAGAGCGAGUCCCGAGAAUUCCUGCGUCAGGAUCUCGGCGCCAGCUCACUGGAUUGCAACGUUGGCCUCGCGUUCUCCGGCACCGUUCUGGCCAACGAGUCGACUCCCGGCGGUCCGCGGCCGACCGGCGCAUCGGCGUGCCGCGGCCACCACCGCCUCCACUGCCUCCGCCACCACGUUCACCCCCACCAAGGUUCACGGGCGUCUCGACAGCAGCAGCAGCGGCGGCGGCGGCGGCCUCGGUGGAGCGCGUCACGCGAGCUCGCCUGCUCGCGGACGCUCGGCACCGGCGGCCAAAUCGGCCACCGAGAGGAGUUGGCCCAGUUUGGCCAUCGGAGGGCCGCUCCGCCGACGCGCUCCGCCACCGACAGCGAUUCCUGUGGCGAGCUCGCCUCGAGCGACUCGGCAGAUUCCAGCGCCGGGCGCCGGUCGGGCACUGGCGCACCGCUGCGUUUUUGCUCCGGAGGCGCCGGCCGCUCGAUCCGCGCCAUCGUCAGCAGGGGCAGGCAAACAACCGGGGCCGCGGUGCGCUUGCUGAUGUCCCUGGGCGCUUUCGACUUCGCGAACGGCCUCACGGUCGCCAGCCUUUGCUUCUUGGUCACGCUCACGCUGUGCCUCGCGUACCUGUGGCUCAUCUCCAGCCACGCGGUGUCUUGCGUCCACGUGAAGAGCUUUGGGAAGGCGGUGGCGUGUUCGGGCCCGGUGCCGGUGUAAAGAGCGAGGCGUGAGCGCAGGAGAAGUGCGGGUGCUCGAGUUGCGAGCGACGAUUGUACGCGCUUACGGAGGGCGGAGGAAUGGUUGGAGUCGCAAGAUGGCAUUUUCAAGCGCGACGGGGCAAGGAUUUGUGAUUGCUGGAUUUAAUUGCAAAUAAAAACGGUGGCUAA